GAAGAACUCAGGAACAGACAUGGAAUGAUCGAAAUACAUUAUUUUGUUUUCUGUUUUUGGCGGGAUUUUUCCUUGUACUUCAACAGAUCCGACGAGAAUAAAGUAAUAUGGAUGCCUCUUUGGUCUUGGAUAUAGCGAUCUUCUUUGUUUUGUUCACAAAUAUUUUAAUUUGUCCUUACACUAAAGUUGAGGAGAGUUUCAAUCUACAAGCUACGCAUGAUAUUUUAUAUCAUGGAUUGAAUAUUUCAAUGUAUGAUCAUCUUCAGUUUCCUGGUGUUGUUCCUCGGACAUUCAUUGGACCACUUUUCAUAGCUUUAUUGAGUUCUCCUCUUGUAGUGACCCUGCAUAUGAUGAGUGUGGCGAAAAUUUAUUCUCAAUUAGUUGUUAGAGGAAUACUUGGGAUUUGUUGUCUUGCAUCAUUUCGGUUGUUUCGUCAUGGUGUUCGUCAGAAAUUUGGUCCAACUGUUGCAAACUUUCUCUCGAUCAUAACAAUUACACAGUUUCAUCUGAUCUUUUACAUGUCAAGACCUUUGCCAAAUAUUUUUGCUCUUGUGCUAGUAUUGGCAGCUUUUUAUUUCUGGUUUUCUGGAAAUGACCCUGCUUUUAUAUGGUGUUCUGGAUAUAGCAUAAUAAUCUUUCGUGCUGAAUUGGCUUUGUUAAUGGGAAUUAUAAUACUGUUUGAACUGUAUCAUAAAAGAAUAUCUUUCCCUGCAGUCUUUCUUCAUGCUGUUUGUGCAGGCAUUACAUCAUUAGCAUUGACUGUCAUCAUUGAUUCAUUUUUCUGGCAGAGAUGGUGCUGGCCAGAAGCAGAGGUUUUCUGGUACAACACUGUGUUAAACAAGAGUUCUAAUUGGGGUACAUCUCCAUUCUUGUGGUACUUUUAUUCAGCAUUGCCCAGAGCCCUUUCACUUUUCACACCAUUUCUGAUUGCGUAUGGUUUAAAGUAUGAUGCAAGAACAAGAAUUGUAUUCUCAGUGACAUUAGCAUUCGUUUUUCUCUUUUCAUUUUUGCCACAUAAAGAACUUCGUUUUGUCUUGUAUGUUGUACCUCUGAUGAACACAGUAGCAGCUGUUGGCCUUAACUCUAUUUAUCAAAAUAUCCUCAAAUGGAAGGUGGAAAUUCGAAACAUAUUUACCGUAUUUGUUUUUGGUGGUCUAUUGUCAAAUGUUGUUAUCACGAACAUCCUCCUGUAUGUGUCAUCACUAAAUUAUCCUGGCGGCCUGGCAUUUACAAGAUUACAUCACCAUCUUCAAGACUCUACAGGAAGUGUCCAUAUUUGUAACCUGGCUGCUCAAACAGGAGUAUCAAGAUUUGGGGAACUGCGAAAUGAUUGGAGGUAUUUGAAGAAAGAAAACAUUGAACAAAAUUUAGAAGAAUUAGAGAAAUUUACCCAUUUAAUUGUGGAAGCGCCAUGUGAAAUAUUUGAAAACACACACAAGAUGCUAGAAGAGAUUUAUGGCUUUGGAGGAAUAUCAUUAGAAACACGUGACAAUUUCCCUUAUUUUUCUGUCGUAAAAAUGAUUCCAAAGUUAUGUAUUUUAGAGAAAGUAUGAAAAACAGUGUAUUUUCAUUAAAUGACUCGCCACAUAAAAUGCGAAUGUAAUUUUUAUCAACGACGAGUUCUGCGUGUAAGCGGGCCUUGAAUCUAUACUGUUACUAAGGCCCUGUCUACACGGUGCUGUAAGAAUUUGAAAACGCAAGUCGUCGUUUUCAAAUUCUU